AUAUGCACCAUGGCUAUGACUGGUGUCAGAUUGUUCACUGGUGUUUUAAGAAAGCCAGAUGCCUGCAUUGGACUCUGGAGUGUGCUUCAAGAGACACCUUCACACAAACUCUGUGCUUCCUGGAAUCGAUGCUUGUACUUUUCUAGUACCAAGUUAAAUACAUCAAAUUAUAAAACACUUUUCCAUAAGAUUUUUUCUCUGAGACACCCAGGGCUUUUAAUAUCUCCAGAAUAUAUUCCACUUUCUGUAAGAUUCAAAAGCAAUAUAAACUCUAAAAAACACACCAACAAAACUCUGCAAAAAGUAGAGGACAAAGAGGACUCGGAUGAGGAGGGUGAUCAUAAUGAGAGGAGUGAGCAGGAAGAGGAGCUUGAGGAUGACCCUAGUGUGCCCAAAGACUACAAAGACCUGGACAAAGUUGUGCAGUCUUUUCGGUAUGAUGUUGUCCUGAAGACAGGCCUCGAUAUUGGGAGAAACAAAAUAGAAGAUGCAUUCUACAAAGGAGAACUCAGACUGAAUGGGGAAAAAUUAUGGAAGAAAAGCAGAACGGUGAAAGUGGGAGAUACUUUGGAUCUUCUCAUUGGAGAGGACACAGAAGCAGAAACACAGGCUGUGAUGCGGGUUCUCCUGAAAAAAGUCUUUGAAGAAAAGACUGAAAAUGAAAAAUACCGUGUGGUGUUACGGAGGUGGAAGAAGUUAAAGUUGCCUAAAAAGAGUAUGUCUAAAUAAAUGAGUUGCUUUUUAUCCAGGAAGCUGCUUUCUAGUGAUGGGGGGAGGAGCCAAUACAAAGAGGACAUUUUUACUAAAAUAAAGUACUCUUGCCAUUUGUGGACUCAGCUGAGCAUUUUGUGAAAACUGGGGUCGAUAUCUGGAGACCCUUCCUGGCUGCAGUUCCCCUCCAGUGCAGGAUCUGGGCUCCUUUUGACCUAACCAGCCUGGGAACCCCUCAGAGAGACGCGUUGCUGGACGAACUAAGCCCAGAGAAGGUUCUAUGGAUUUGCCUACUGUUUCCCAUAUUAACUACCUCAGGAGUCUCUUUAAAAUAAA